GUUGAAUGGUUAUCAUGUGUGAUGAUUUCUGAGGGAAUUUUGUUUAUUUGAAUUUUUGGAUUUUUGGAUUUUUGUAUCUUAGAUCUUGUACGCGUGAAGACUAUAGGAUUUUUGAUCGUCAAGCUGCGAUUUCGAUUGAGAAAUUCACCAUGGCAGAUUCGUUGACGAGUCGGGAUGUUUUAAAGCUCAUGGCGGAUCGCGAUCUCGAUUGGUUGAAAAUUUACGAUGAUGCCAUGGGAGAGGGGUGGAAAAGUCGUGCGGAAUUGUUGUGUGCGAUUUCUGACUCGUUGGAUGAGGUGAUGCGAUUGGAUCCUGAUGAGGUGGGUAUUGUGGAUCGGGCGAUGAAGGAGCGGUUGAAAUGCCGUUCGGUGGUGUUGAGAGGGGUGGCGAGGUCGUUGGGGGAGGCGGGGAAAUUGUGGAGUGAGAUUUCUGAAGAGUGUGAGGGGGCGCUGGAGGAUGUGUUGAGGACGGAGGGGGAGGGGGAGGAGGAGAGGCGGGAUGAGGGAAUGGGUGAGAGGGAUUAUGAGGUGGAGUUGGGGAUGCCGGGGGUGUGGGAGAGGUUUCGUGUUUUGUUUGAGGAGAGGAGAGGGGCAAGGGCGAAGAGGGAGGGGGUGCGGGGUUGUGGGUUGGACGAGAGGGGUGGGGGAGUGGUGUGCGGGGGGAAAUUGGAUGGGGGAAGGGUGGAGGAGAGUGGGAUUAUGGAGGGCUUUGAGAGGGAAGCGAUAUCUGCUAUUUAUACACCUUCAAUACCUCCAAUGCCCCGGAUAUUUCCAACAAGUUCAGUACCUCAAACACCCCCAGUGUCUUCAGCAUCACUAACAAUUUCAACGCCCCAAAUACUCUCAACGUCUUUGACGCCUCCCACGCCUUCACCAGGACUUGACGCAGAUUACUUGUGGGAAUCUGAUUCUGGAUCAAAGAAAUCAGAGUUAAAACAGGGGAAAGCUCCUGUCAACAUUAGCGAGAGGAAAGAACUUUAUCCAGACGAUUUGUAUUCGGAUGACUUGUAUUCGGACGAUAUGAAAUGGUCGUCACCGAGAAGCAACCGCAAGAGCAGAGUGAACUCGCCUAACAAGAUUACGAAUUAUAGGGGACUGAUGAUUGGUUCCUCACAGACGAGAUGUGAGGGAGCGCCCAUUCCAAGAAGUCUACCGAUGUCAAAUCGGAUCAUCCAGAUGAACUAUAAUUUAUGCCGGCUCACUAGUCCACCCCUUCCAAUUCGUAUCUCAGACGCUCUGCAUCCUUUUCUUCUCUUCUACGACGUGCAAAGUGCUUGCGCUGUUUCAAUUGAGAAUCUUUUGGGUUUCUAUGGCAUACUUAUGUACCAAUUAUUGUGGGGUGAUAAAAAACACGGUCGAGUCACAUUUUCGCAACAUGCCGCUUAUUUCGACAUUGAUCAUCCCGAAACUUUCAGUAGUUUUGUUGAUGCUCCCAAUUUUGAUGUUGAACGUACCUCCCCUCUACCCUUGGAUGAGAAACCCGCAUUCGUUUUAUUGUUGCAAGUAGCUAAACAACCGCCUUCUCUGCGCGUGAUAAAGAAGGACUCUGAAGCCGUGCCGGAUUGGCACCGUAUAGAUCACUUACUGUGCCUGGGCUAUAGGGAAUAUGUAUGGGCUAUAUAUUCUCCUGCUGACGCGAACGUUUGCAUGAGUUAUGCUCUGAAAACUUGGAGUCGAGUGCACCACGCCGAGCCUCGCUUAUUUUCACAAGAAUGUUUCGGAAAUAUGAAGUUGUCCAUCAAUUUGGGAGAGGUAAAAAGGUCCGAGCAAUACCGAGGACGGCUAGCAGGUCCUUCUUCUCUUUUCCGCGGCUCAGAAUAUCAAACUAAAGAGAUUGAGAAAUCGACAGUAUCUGAUAUCAGUAAGAGCAGAGAAUAUGUGAGGGAAAACUCCGGGAAGGAGAUCCUCCCUCAGAAUUAUAGAGUCCGGGCCAUGUUCGAAGAGUCAUAUUCUAAUCUAACGAAAUCACCUUUGGAUAAUUAUGUCAAGCUGAACGGAGUGUAUUCUAGCAUGCAGAUGUUGUUUAGAAAACAUGAGAUUUUACCAAAUGCUACUCAACGCAUGAUUUGGACAUGUAAAUGCGGGCACGCUUCUUACGACGACUUCGCCGAGCUCCCAGGUCGGGAAGGUGCAGUUGCCGAUUUUGCGAAAGAGUUGAUGCAAGCAGGCUAUAUAACUCGAGCGCAGAUAACAAAUCGACCAUUGGGGAUGAAGCUUUGGAUCGGUGGGAGAAUCCAAAAUGGAAUUAAUCUCAUCUCGAGAAAACUUUCGAACAUUCGGAAUACCCCUCUGCCAACGUUUGUCAAAGCGAGUCCCCCGAAAAAUCCGGUCUGUCUUCCUGCCGAGGAAUGUCGUUGGCUUCAUUUGUGUAUGAAGAAGAAACCAUACGCGACUCACCUCAAGCCACUUCAUGUGUGCAAGGACGAGAAUCAAGAUCCGUUGACCGACAAAACUUUCUUCAGAACUCUUAAACACGCUUAUGAUGAAGAAAAGACGUGGAAGGAUUGGGCGGUUUUGAAAUUGAGGAGAAUCGAGUUUAUAGGUUUCGAAGCCUGUCCAGACGACUAUGUUGAUCAUAUCAAACCGAAUGAUCCUCCGCCAACAACCAACGAGUAUGAUUUUGCACCGCCACCACCCCCCAAGAUGGUUCCUCCGAUAGGUCCAGAACACAUGCUGCAUCUUUUCCAAGAUUGCCCUUCGGUUUCUGAUGUCAAUUCCAAUUUCUACCUCCAACGAAUUCCCCGCAGGAAGAUCGAGCCGAUCGCAUUUAAUGCAAACAGUUUAAGCGAAGAUCUAGGCUGGGGAUUACAUUUUGCCGAGGGAUUGAAUACGUCCUUGGCAGUGACCGUUAUGUUUAUACUCUCCUCUGUCUUGGGAAUAAUAUUUGCGCUUUGUUGGACCAUACUGGAGAAAGAUAUUCAGGGAGCAUUUGGAGUUGCCGCUUAUAUUACGAGUGUUAUGACCCUGGCGGUAAUGACAUGGCAAUUGUGGGCUUUAUGAUUUGAAUGGUGUGAUUUAGCAAAUCGUGAAGGACGUUAGACGCCGGUGAGGAUCCUGUUUGUUGUUGAUGAGACAUGGUUCCACUUUGACUUCUACAAGCUCAACCCUGCCAUCGACCCAGCACGUGUUGGGGAUGCAUUGUUACAAAGCAGGAAUCACGACGAUCGGUUCGUCGGUUCGCACUCUUUUGUUCAUGGGGAUGAACUUGGCAGACAUGAGGAUACAUGAGGCUUUUUAUUUUUAGGCGGUGUCACGUCUGGAAUUUUACGUAGUGAAGAUGGUUCUCGAUAAGUUUGAGACUUGACA